AUGCCUCUCUUCUCUGCUCGCAUCGUCAAUGAAGCGCUUCGUAACCGUGGCCGUGCCCAUGGCGACGAACGUGUUUCGAAGGCGUUCCCGACGGACCCAUCGGUGGCUCGCAAGCUUGCUUCGACCUUCGGUCGCUCGACCAACUCUACGGUUCAUCAUGCUACUUUGACAAACCCUGCCAUGGUGACCCAGUUUGCUACGAUUGUCAAUCGUGAGCUCCAGGUCCUCACCAAUCCCUUGAUCGUUACCGAUGACUUGGAUCCCCAGUCGGUCCAGGUUCGUGCUUCCUUGUCGGACUUGUUGAAUGAGUGCAUCCCUGUUUCAGUCCCUUAUGAGUACUUUUCUGGGUUCUUUACGACGGUGGUCCCUGCGUCCAUGUGUAAUGCCUUGGACCUUCCUCGUACUUCCCAGCCCCCUGACGAAAUCACUGGCCCUGCCAACGAUGAUGAUGAGGAUGGUGAGCAGCCUUCCUACCAGCGCAUUGGCUAUGGCUCCAUUGUCAAUGACGAUGAAAUGUCGGUCUUUGUUGCUCCUCCUGUCCUUUGCCCUUUGCCCCCUGGUGUUACGAUUCCUACCAAUCAUAACAUCAACGAGCCACUCGAUGAACCCGUUGACUACCCUGCUUUUAAUACCUGGCUCAAAGGACAAUGUUUCUACCUUAACCAUAACGAUGGAUGGUCCGUUACUCUUGGUGGCGACCUCUUCGAGCUGGAUGCUAUUGAUGAUGCCCCUGACUUCGAAAACUUAUCCCUUAUCCCGGUCAUCGAGAACCUUGUUAAUCUGGCUUCUCCAGGUACUGAUACGUAUCGUUCUACUCGGGCCCAUUAUGAAGACUUCAAAAACAAUGACUGGCAGGUCCUUGGAGCUCGCCUUGAUGCUGAAGCCCCGCCUUCUUUGAUUCCUGAACAUCGGGAUGACUUCCCGACUGUUCGUUUCCAGUCUUCUCCUCCUGUGGCACCACCACAGUCUGAUACUGUGUCCCCUUCCAUGGAACGGCUCCUCCAACGUUUAACCCAGCCUACAGUGUCCCUCAAAGACCAGGAGCUCAAUGAUCUCUGUGGCGACAACUUGGCUCGAUACCAAAUCAUGUUUGGCCAUCGCACUGUUCCUACUGACGAUGUUCCAUCUAAGUUUGUUCCUGCUACGUUUACUCCUACUGGUAACAACCUUCUUGGUAAACCACGUGGUGAAGCUGCGGCUAUUCGACUCUUCCAGUCUGCCAUCACGUCCACGAUGGAAGAAGCUGGAUCCUCCCCCCAGUAUGUGGAUAUGUGUGCUACAUUUGACCCGGUCCAAGCCAAUGCUGCAUUCAUUGGGUGCCUUCGUGGCUUUCAGUUUGCUACCAAUGAUCUACCCAAGACACUCCAAAACAACUUGUCCAUUUUGGCCUUCCUUAGUCCGGUUACUACCAGCAUGGCAUACCAAACUCUUAUGGAUGAAAAUAAUGUUCCUUUCCAAGCCUACACUAUGGAUGCUACCAUGCACCGUGGCAACCCAGCUUCCACUUCCAGCAAGUUGAAUACUACCGGCAAAGUAUCUACCCUUCUUGGUGAUGUCAUCCCGGCUUUUUGCAACUUUCGUCGCAUCUUUCUCAAACUUAUUGCGAACUAUGGCAAGUCUUUGUUGGCUCAUCACUUGUCGGAAUUCUGUUCUAUCCUUUUUUCCAUCGAGGGACGUCGAUGGCUCAACAAGUUUUCUACCAACCGUGAAGCUAUGGUCAAUCUUCUUAUGCAAGGCAAUUGUAUUGUUGCAGUCCAUGCCCGUACGGCCAAUACAUUGGAAUACGUUGAUGCCCUUCAAUCAGAGCAGACUUUGAGUCCGCAUAUCUAUGAUUUGGCUGUUACUUGUUCAACAGGCAUCAUUGCUCAUCUCCAGGCGGCUGUAACCCGUGGAGAGCUCUUGGAAUACCGCCAUUGCCAUUCCAACUUUCCUUUGGUUUUCCCUGGACCUACCACAACUCCACGAGACCCUGUCGACUCGCGCUCGUCUGCCAACAAGCGCCCCCGUCAUGAACCUCAUACACCAUCGCAGUCACGAGCUGUUCCCCCUACUCCUACCUCUAGCACCCCUCGAGGGCCUCAGCAGCGAGCUCCUGGCAUGCUGAUCCAUAAUGGCACUGGUCGUGCCCCAGCUUGCCCUGUGCGUUUCAAAGCUAAGCCUGAUUCUACUUCUGAAGAACGUCCUUGCACCUUCUUCUUGUUCGACGGUUUAACCUGUCGCUUUGGGUCCAAUUGUAACAAGCCCCAUGUGGCAAACUUUGAUAAAGUUCCUCGGGACAAACAGCCAGCUUUCAAAGCUUGGGUAGACAAUGAACCGAGCAUUUGUUUUGCUACCAACAAAGGCCCUUCUGGUAGGCAACCAAAUUAA